UCCCAGCAGAUUGCCGGUACCCUGUAUCCAUAUAUGCCUGGUGCCUAGUGCUGGGUGCUCUGUUUUUUCCCCUGCAGUUAACAAAUGGGCAUGCCGGAAAAGUAUUUGGAUGCCACUCUGGUACCCGCAGGAGUGAUCUUAAUGGGUUUAUACCAUGUUUAUCUGGUUUACAAGAUCGCCCACCAUCCCAAAACCACAGUAAUCGGCCUCAAUAACAUCAACAGGCGGCUAUGGGUGCACGCCAUUAUGAAGGAAAGGAUGAAAAACGGAGUUUUGGCAGUGCAAACGAUCAGGAACAGCAUAAUGGCGUCGACCCUUUUGGCCUCCACCGCCAUAACUCUCUGCUCUGUGGUGGGAUUACUGCUAGGAGUGGGGAACCGGCCUGAUGAGUUUACUCUGUAUGGGAGGACAGGAUCUGUGACAUCUUCUCUCAAGUGUAUGCUGGUUUUGGUGUGUUUUCUUGUAGCGUUUGUUUGCCAUGCUCAAUGCGUGCGCUAUUACAGUCAUGUGAGCUUUCUGAUAACCACACCGCCGCCAUUAGAGGCGGAGAUGGAGGGCUGUGAUGCUCAUGCUGAGUAUGUGAGCACAGUGUUCAACAAAGGGGCUUAUUUCUGGUCCCUCGGAUUGCGAGCUUUUUACUUCUCCCUGCCUCUGUUUUUGUGGAAUUUUGGACCCAUUCCAAUGUUCGUGUGCUCCUGCUGUCUACUCUCCUUUUUGCAUUCUCUCGAUACAACGAACAGUCUCAGCACAUUUUACAACAAUGGAUGCAAACGGGGGGUCACCAAUUGAGGAAACUUAUACAUGGUGGGUGGACCUAAUGGUACCACAUGGUUGGGUGGUAUUCAAACAUUUUUGGGGAUUAGCAGGUCUAUUGGAGUGGGGCAUGGGAUUGCACACAAGAUGGAAAAAGUUUCAUAUCUCUAUUGAUUAUUUUAUUUGUAAUAAAGUAGUCAAAUGUAUAUUUUAUGAAUUUUGAGUCUUUAUAUGUAAUUGUAUUAUUAAACUAGGGCCUCCUAUUUGGAUGGAUUGUAAGCUACCCAUAUUUGUGACAAUGUUAUCAUUUUUUUUAUUGUGUAUUUAAAUUGGUGCCCAAUGCACAUGCCAUUUCAUA